AGAAGAACUUGAUGAUUGUGGGUAUUGCUUGUAAAGGCCGAUGGAGUCGUAAUGGUAUUAGAUGGAAUGAAAUUUUGGAAGAAGCUCACAAGUUUUUAAAACCAGUGCAUGAUCAAGUAUUGACUAGUCAUCCUACAUGGCAUUGUAUGUUGAUUAUUAUGAGUACUCAGUUAGCAACCAACGUAUCUGAGGACUUGAAUUAUUCUAGUCGUUGUUAUUCAUCUGGCGAUAGUGUUGAAGAUUUCGUGAUUCCUCACAACUGUGAAUUGGUUAUUCUUUCUGAAGCUGAUGUAGAAAACUUUAUUGGCAAAGACGUUUUAUCGAAUUUAAGGAACGCUUUCAAAUCUGUGGAUAAUCCACAUUCGAGAAAUAUUGGCAUUUCAACCCUACAAGAAAUAGUUUUAUCUCUUUCCAAAAAUAUUUAGGAAUAUUUUGUUUUAAUAUCUGAGAAGUUUUACAGAGUCAAAUACUUUCAAAAGUCUCCUACAUUGGGUUAUAUUAUGAGACUUUGUCAAAUAACUUUAUCAAGCCUGAGGGAAUUUAUUUCUGUAGCCACAGCUGCUUAUUUUGAAUGACGCUCUCUACUGUUACCAUUUGUAUAAUGAAUAAAUUAAGCUCACAACGACGAAGCUCAACUCUCGCUUAAAAAUUUUUG